CAGAGCGCCUGUAAACGGCGCGAGCUCGAGCGACAAAACAGGCUCUCGUAUUUUCACGUCCGAGGUGAGAGGAAAGGAAAACCAAAGAUCGCUGCUUUUGGUGUGAGAGAGACGAUGAAGACGACGAAAGGAGGGAAGGUCAUGAACCCUACAGAUGCCUAUCGCAAGGAGCUCCGAAAGAAGGAGCUCAAAAGGAACAAAAAAGAAAGAAAGAAAGUGCGGGAGGUUGGGAUUCUAAAGAAGGAUCCAGAAACCAUUAGGGAGCAGAUUGAGAAGCUGGAAAUGAUGAAAGCGGAUGGUGCUCUUGACAAGGCAAGGAAGCACAAGAAAAGACAACUUGAGGACACAUUAAAUCUUGUUUUGAAGAAGAGAAAGGAAUAUGAAGAGAAAAUGCGUGACAAAGGCGAGGCACCCGUUAUGUUCAGCCAUUUGGGGCCUCCACGAAGACGAACUGCAGAAGAAGAGGAGAGAACAAAACACCCAAAGCCAGAGGACUCUGUUUACUAUCAUCCAACAUUAAACCCAACUGGGGCACCACCUCCUGGAAAACCUCCCAUGUACAAAUCAUCAAUAGGACCCAGGAUUCCCCUAUCGGCUUCAACAGGUGCUGCAGCAUCAUCUUCAAAGUCCGAGUCAGAGGAAGGGGCUUUGGAUGUACCUCCUCCACCUCCUCCUCCGCCACCACCCUUGCCAAGUUCCGGUGAAUUGUCUUCUGCAGAUGAUUCUUCUGUAGCAGCAUCUUUGCCACUACCGCCACCUCCACCUCCUCCGGCACCGCCAAAGCCCACUGCAGAGUCAGGUACACAAUUUCCCCCAGUGCCGCUGCCCCCGCCACCUCCAGGCCCCCCACCGAAAGAAUCAGUGGCAGUUCAUGCUUCACUGCCACCACCACCACCGCUUCAACGACCUCCUCAACCACCCCCGCCAGGCACUGGUGGAAGUGAGAGGGAGAAGAGUCAAAAUUCGGCAUCAGAUAGCUUCAGACCAAACGAUUCUAAUCAGGCUGCUGCUGUGCUCCCUCCACCUCCACCACCACCUGGGUUGCCACCGAAGUUGGUGACUCAGCAGCCCGAAGGUCCACCGUCCGGAACUGAUGCCAAUAAUGCUACAGGGACAAAAGAUGCCCCUAAAAUGAUUCCCCCACCACCGCCCCCUCCAAGGCAGCCAUUACCAAGGCCUCCCAUGAUCCCCACUAUACAGCCUGAUGUAUUACCUCCAGGCAUUUCACGCUUCCCUCCACCCCCGCCCCCGCCAGAUAUGAGGCCACCAUUCCCAGGCCCUGGACUUCCUACUCGGCCCACUCCUCCUGGAAUGGUUGUCCCACCAAUUCCAGGGCCCCCACCCUUCGGUCUUCCCCCUGGGCCACCACCACCUCCUCCCAUGUUGAGGCCACCACUUCCACCUGGGGUUCUCCCCAACCCAGAAGAUGAUCUUGCAGCAACUAAACCGUUGGCAUCUCAGAAGCCGUCCUAUGUUAAAUCGGCAGCAUCUACAGUUGUGAAGAGGCCACUGGCGCAACAUACCCCAGAACUUACAUCCAUGGUUCCUGCAUCCGUCCGUGUGAGGAGAGAGACCGCAGUUCCGAAAGCAAAGCCGAAGCCGCAGCUCCCCACAGUAACCACAGCACUGCGGCCAUCACCAGCCCCCGCCGCUGUUGGGAAACUGGAAUUCACAGCCCAGCCAUCGGCAUCGAAGCCGCAAAGCAUAGAUGAUUCCUAUAUGGCCUUUUUGGAGGACAUGAAGGCGCUGGGUGCACUUGACAGUUAAAAAAAUUGAACAUGUGCUGUUUAAGGUUGACAACCAUGUAUAAAAUGCUCUUUUAAAAGCAUUGGGGCUGGUGGCCCCAUUAUAACC